UUUGUGUUUCUGAUGACUGUGAACUUCAGCUUCAACACAAUGCAUUCAAUACAUAUUCAAAGUCAGAUCAGACCAGAUCAGAUCAGUUCAGAGAGCCUGGUGGAGCUAUGAGGAGAUCAGCUGGACUCACAGAGCAGCCAAACAAACGGAAGUGAAAGUAAAAGCGGAGUGUUUCCUCCUCAGACUGUGUGUGUAUGUGUGUGUCGGUGCAGUGACUGUCUGUGGCCAACAUGAGCUCGUUCCACUUUAACGCCGUUUUGCUGGACAUUUCGAACCAGCUGUCGGGGGAGGACCUGAGCAGCCUUAAGUUUCUGUGCAAGGAGCUGAUCGGGAAGAGGCAGCAGGAGCACAUCGACACCGGAAGAAAGCUCUUCCAGGUCCUGACGGAGAGAGGCCAGCUGGGAGCGGACAACAGGCAGCCCCUGCACGACCUCCUCCUCCGCAUAAAGCGGCAAGACCUGUGCGACAAGUUAACCCACUUUGAGAGUCCGGCUGAGCCCGCGGACCCGCAACCGGACGACGAGGAGAGAGCCAAACUGGAUAUUGCCACUGAGGUGAUUGCUGAGAAUCUGGGAAAGAGUUGGCGUAAACUGGGCCGCAAACUAGGUUUGACUGAUGUUAAGCUGGAGUCCAUUUCUAAGAGGCAUCCCACGGAGCUGGAGGAGACAGCAGUGGAGCUGCUGAAGGAGUGGAGGAAGAAUCGUGGAGCUGAGGCCCAAACAGAAGAGCUGAUAAAAGCCCUGAGAGCCUGCCAGUUCAACCUGACUGCUGAUAAAGUGAUGAGCAGACUCGAAAACUUGCAAACCUCUGGCUGAUUUACAGAUCAGAUAACUUUGAGAAUAGGAAUGAAAGCUGUGAUUUAGACAGUUAUAUGCAGAUAUAUAUAUAUAUAAAAGAAUCAUCUUUGGUAAGUUGAAUAUUGACUUCCUGAUUGAAACAUGCACCAGAGUGAGAGAAAGUGUGUGAUCAGAGCUCGUCCCUCGUGUUUUCAAUGAAGAUGAAUUGAUUUAUUAAAUAAUAAUACGCUGAAGGGGAGAAAUUGCAGGUGGUGGAUAGCAAUAUUCAAAGCUAGCCUGCUUAUAAACACUUACAGAGUAAUCAUUUUUACUUUAUAAUAAAAUGCAAAUUGUAUCAACA